AUUAGUCAGCCAUUCUCUCGCGAACCUUGCGACAAAACGGAUCGAAAAGCAGGAAGUGGAAAAUACUGCUCGCAUAUAUCUACGGACUAUAGCAAAUUUAACUGUUUAAAAGAAUUAUGGUUGAAUACUUCAGCAAAAAGCAGUGGAUUGGGUGUUUUUCGUAGCUGCUUAUUGACAGCAGGCAAUGAAAUCCGAUUGAGGAAAAAGUUUACCAGAAAGGGUUAUUCGCUACUCGUCGUACAAUAGAACAGAAAGUGAAAAUGAAGUAUAGAAUUUAUUAAUCACAAGUGCAAGACGGUGAAAAGAAAGUGAAGUGAAAACAGUAAAGAACGGUGGCAUGAUGGUUUCGUAAUCCUAAAGGAUGUAAAAUCGUCAUAUUUCACAUCCUGAUUCCUAGCUUAUUUUUCUUUUCCGUUUUUCGGUCGGUUAUUUGCCGUGUGUGUGAGUGCGCUUUCUCGGUGCAGAUUGUGUUUCGCCGAUCGCCUAGAUUAGACUGUUGAUAUCGUAAUGAACGUUCCGGAGUGAACGGGGCUGGCAGGAGUUUCUGCCCGCACAGCUGGUAAAGCGGAAAUCGAAGUGCCGUAAUUAUCGUCGUCGCCGCUGUGGAGAAAAACAGAAAUAAUAGCCUACGGGCCAGGACAAAAAGUGAUGUGCAACAGAAGAAUUCAGUAACUGAAUGGGUCAGUUGGACCAUAAUCUUCUGAGAGCCACGGAAUUAAACACUUCAGUAACCUGAGAAGAGCCUUCUCGUUUAUCCACCGCUUUUCACAAUACAAUGGUCAGUUCAACUAUCACACUAGAUAAGAAAUCAUCAUCAUCAUCCACAUCAGCAGCAACCGCAACCGCUUGUACCGCACAGGCUUCCGCCGAGCAGAGCAUCAUCUCCAUACCACUGAACGCAACCGCUAACAGCAACGGCACCGGAAGCGAUCCCUUGAAUCUUAGCGAACAGAAGAUCUCGAUUCUGUUUCCGAAAUGCAAGCCUAGAAGUGCCGAACAUUGUCACCUAAGCUCCUCUAGCACCAGUGGUGCUAACCACACAAACAACAACUUGAUCAACAGCAUGAGCAUAAUAACAAGCAACAGCAAAUCGGAUAUCACGGGCACAUCGUCCUCGCUAACUACACCCACCUCACUCGCAUCAUCGUCAUACACAUUCAGCAGCAAAUCGUACGGGAUGGAACCGAAUACGUUCCGGGCCACCGUUGGCAAUAGUGGAGCUGGCUCUGGUUAUGAACUUUUGGGUGACAAAUCAGACUUCAGCUCGCGAAUGAACAACAAUCACUAUGAAAGCAGCAGCCGUUCCAAUGCAAGACACACAAUGAACUCCGUCGACAAGUACAGCUUCUAUUACAACAACCAACCUCCGCCGCUGUCCGCGUCACCCACGGAGAACAACGCAAACACCGUCGGUGGCGGAAGCCAUUUUCUCCCUUCGGACGACGACGACGAAGAGGAGGAAAUACACAAAGCAAGUAGCUACCAACGCCACAGUUACUACGGUGGUCGUCAAUCGCACUACUAUAAUCUUCCAAAGCAAGAUCCCGGAACGCCUAGCAGCUCUUCGCGCUAUCACUGGGACUUGUCACCCAGCAGUACCCUCCCGUAUUCGGCACCGAUCUCAUCCGCAACGUCAACGGCCCCAAAGCGAUCGUCGCUCAAGCCUUCCUACACCCAGGUCCUUCAAUCACCGCUAGAGGACGAAAGCGAUGUCGAGGAUCGGCUAAAAUAUUUCAACUACCAAAACGAAAUGCACAACAACGGGCCACUCAAGACAAACAUUAGCGACAAACCGAGCGUGGCGAGCGGAAUCUACUGUAAUUACAAAACUAAUGAAAUGAUAGUUUUCAAUGACAUCGAGGAGGAACGGCGGCGUGUUCACCAACAACAACAACAGCCGCCACAGGAAAUCUCGACCGGAGCAGGACUUCGAGUAACCGCCACCGUCGAUGAGCUGGAGGCGGGAAUGAAUAUGCAUCAUAGUCAUCCACAUCAUCAUCAUGCACCGCUUCAUCGCCACCAGCAGCAGCUGGUGACUGCCGGUGAUGGUAGCGGUGCUAACAGCAGCAGUGCUGUCCUUGCUGGCAAGGCGGAUGACAACGGUGCUCACAAAGCGGCAGACUCACUGGCUAACUCUGGAUCGAAUAUAAUGGAAUACGAGGGAUCACCGCGUCGUUUUGGACUCAGCUUGAACGAGGACAGUCCAUCGUACUACAUUUCGUCGAAUUUCAAGCUUAAUUUGACUUCCCCAUCGCUACUAACACCGCCACGACCAGGCUUCCCGCAGCGCGUUAUACCGACAACAACAACUAGCAACAGCAGCAGCAACAACAAUAACAACAACAGCAGUCCCAGUGCGGACACAACUCCGACACCAACGGGUACCGCUAACAGCAGUCACUACCAUCUGGUGACACGGUCACCAACGUUACUUGAGCAGGUCAGUUCCGGGCUGAACAGCUCGGUCACUUUCGACGCUAACGCACUACUCAGUGAGUUCGACGCCAAACGGGCUGCCGUCAGUGCAAGCACAACGAUCGACGUUUGCAGCAACAGCAACUCAACGAUGGCAGCCCCCGUCCCAGGCCUAGAGGUGAACAAGCUUAACGUGAUACGACUGGAAAAUGACUACCACCAGGAGCAGCAGCCUCCCACGAAGAGAUCCACACCGGAGAGCAAACCGACGCUGGGACUGUCCUGCACCACAGCCGACGAUAAUCCGACGCUGGGGGCGGGCUCCUUCACCACACCCAUUACCGCCUCGUCCACGUUCGACUAUCUGUACGAGUUUUCCGAGACGCGCAAAGUGCUCGAGGAGUUUUUCAAGUGUCCCACCACCGAAGAUGUGGAGAAAGCUUUCGAGAAAUUCAGCGACUACAACGAGAGUGGAGACGACGUCGAGAGUCUGGACAUCCAUUAUGAGUAUCCGAGCGAGCUGGACGCUAAAGCACAGGAGACGACCUACAUCAGAGGGGCCGGUGCGGAACACCAGCAGCAGCAACUGACGAUGACGCCAGCCACGGCGCUGACCGCCGGCAGAGGAGAGCAGCGUGACCAAGUCGUUCUACCGGCUGCCGCACGCCAAUCGCCAAUCAAUAAUAAUAACAGCGACGCCGACGGAGACGAUGACGACGUUGUCGACGAUGAUAACGACGGGGAAGAGGAUGGCGACGAAAACGAGGAAGAGGACGAUGAGGACGGUGACCUGGCAGGCGGUGUUGGAAACAAUUUGAAGUACAUGAUCAAUAUGAAGAGCAAGCCGCGGAUUAAAGAAGGUUACAGCAGCUUCCGGAAGAAAAAACAGGAGAAAAAAGCGGCGAGUGGUGGGAGUGCUGUAAAUGCGUCACCGCAAAAUGUCCCCACUGGUGGUAUGAACGAGAACGAUAACGAUGGCGAGGAUGAGGAAGAGAUUGAUAUUUAUAGCGCGAAUCAGCACCAUCGGAGCUAUCAUCAGCAGCAACGGGUGCAACAGCAGCACCAACAACAACAGACUCAGGAACAACAACAGCAUCUCAGACAGCAUGCGGCUUUGCAACAGCAGCAACAGUAUUCAGGCCAGUACCAGGAUCACGAACAACAUUUUAGUAUGUACUUGGAUCCCGGAAGUCGUGCCAGCAGCUGUGAUGUGAUUAAUGAAAGCAAUCUCGACACCACGCAAUUCAUGACUAAUGGCAACGGGAAAAGGCUCAAAAGUAGCGGUAGCGGCAGCGGAAAGAAACCAUUGAAUCGCCGACAAAGCAAAAACUUUAACUAUUCACCGGACACGACCGACUACGAGAGCAACUGUGGCGAUUACGAUAGCGAAAUAUCGCUCAAGUACGGAAGCGAUUUCGGCAUGAUAGCAAAUGGCGGCAGCGGAGUUAUAUGCGAUGAUCUGAAUAAUGGAGUUAUAACUUCUUCCUCUGCCGGCGUAAACAAUUCAACACUACCGAACAGUGACAGCCUUGGAAGUGGACAGCCUACACUGGGCGGGGGAAAUAAUUAUUCCCGCUACUACACCAGUAUGCCCGUGCUGGAGGAUGGCCUGUCCAGUGGGCACGUGUCGGAUACGGAAAACAAUAAUCCAAUUGCUCUGCCGACGCCGGAUCUAAUCAACAGCAGCCACAAGCUGCAACAGGUGACUAAUUCGUACAGCCUGCUGACAUCGCCUACGAGUCAUACGGUUAAGCCGGCCAGUUCUUCACCGGUGAUAGCGGCGACCAAUCACAACAGUAACUCCCUAGAGGGACUCUACGGUAGCAAUGGCAUCCGAAUGAACGGCACAAUUUCCGGGGGACUCAACUCGAGCACACUGCAGAACAACAAGAUUUUUAAGAACCGGGACCCGGAAUUGGAGUCGUUGUACACUAUCAAUACAAUCCAAUCGACACCGCCUCCACCAGCUCCAGCACCACACCGGAAGUCUUCGAUAGACUGUGACCCGCAGUCAACACUUCAGCAAAUGCACAACCAGCACACGUCCCAAUCUGACGUGCAGGCAGCUCUCAAGGACAUCCGGACCUGCUUGCAGCGUACCAAAACUCUAGCGUCCCCGACACAGCCUCAAUCGAAUUGCACAUCCGCGCAGCAUCAGCAGCAACAACAACAGCAAACCAAUGCUAAGAACUACGACAAGCACUCAAUGUUGCCACCGGAGAAGCUAGUAGACUCUCCGGUUCCCUCAAUCUCACCCGUUUGGAUUCCUCGACGUGGCGACGGCAAACUGGUUACGCUUUCUCCCACCACUGUAAACAAACCCGGCAUCCUACUACCAACAACGCCCACCACGGGAGGUCCAACCGAGCGCUCUACCAACAUGGCGACAGAGAAGGACUCUCUGCUGCUCGGAUCUAGCGCGAAGAACUUAAGUGCUCUUGAAGAUGAUGAAGAUCCGGACACGGAUCUAGAGACGGAUCGGCUCCUGGGCCAUCAAAGGCUGGACGAUCAGGGCUUCUACGAUGACAAUAGCAAGAGUUGGGCUGAUCGUAGGGCCCGAUCCUUGCUGCACAAACUGUCUCCGAAGCAGCAAACCGGCCCAGGGGCUGCCACCUGUGGCAAUACGAUGUACACCGGUAAAACCAACAACAAUCAGGGCUCUCUGCUGCGACAGGGCCUUUCGACGUUACUUUCACCUACGAGUGCUGUUACCCAGCCAAACCAACCGGGUCAAACCCUACCGGAGAUUGUCACUUCUAGCAAAGCAUCUCCCGCUUUGCUAGGGUCAGGAGGAAAUGCACCAAGCCAGAAUAGUAGCAGCUUAAAUAGCAGCAAUAAUAGUGGAAACCUAAUCAAUUUGAAUGGCCCGAACGACACCGGUGCUAUUUCACCGGAUCACAGUCGUCAAACGUCUCCGAACAAGUUGGACAACAAAACCAACGAAAGUACGAGUCCGAAUGGAUCUAAUAACUCCAAGUCGGAUACGGAUAAGAAGAAGAAAGGAAAAAACAAGGAAGUGCUGAUCGAGGGAGUACUUUUCCGAGCUCGGUAUCUUGGCUCGACUCAGCUGGUAUGUGAAGGUCAGCCCACUAAAUCGACACGUAUGAUGCAGGCCGAAGAAGCCGUUUCCAGAAUAAAGUCUCCGGACGGUGAACCACAGCCAAGCACAGAGGUGGAUCUGUUUAUUUCGACGGAAAAAAUAAUGGUUCUGAACACGGACCUGAAAGAGAUCAUGAUGGACCACGCACUGCGGACCAUCUCCUAUAUUGCGGAUAUUGGUGACUUGGUGGUUCUGAUGGCACGGCGGCGCUUCGUGCCACAGGACGUUGAUUCCGGAGACUCCGGAGGUAGUGGUGGUCCUGCACAAACAGGAACCAACCAAGCGAACACCACUCCGCCGCAGAAAAGUGCAGUUGGCCCAAAGGGCAAUCGCACACCGAAAAUGAUUUGCCACGUGUUCGAAAGUGAGGAGGCGCAGUUUAUUGCUCAAUCAAUCGGUCAGGCCUUCCAGGUGGCCUACAUGGAGUUCCUCAAGGCAAACGGAAUUGAAGAUCACAGUUUCAUGAAGGAAAUGGACUACCAGGAGGUGCUCAAUAGCCAGGAGAUCUUCGGCGACGAGUUGGAAAUCUUUGCCAAAAAGGAACUACAGAAAGAGGUGGUGGUUCCGAAGGCUAAGGGAGAAAUUCUAGGGGUCGUCAUCGUGGAGUCCGGCUGGGGUUCGAUGCUUCCGACGGUGGUCAUAGCGAACCUAGCUUCGUCCGGUGCCGCGGCUCGAUGUGGCCAGCUGAACAUUGGCGAUCAGAUUAUUGCGAUUAACGGAUUAAGUUUGGUUGGGCUUCCGUUGUCAACCUGCCAGAGCUACAUCAAGAACACGAAGAAUCAAACGGUCGUCAAGUUCACAGUCGUUCCGUGCGCCCCGGUUGUGGAGGUGAAGAUCAAACGACCGAACACCAAGUACCAGCUGGGUUUUAGUGUGCAGAAUGGAGUGAUUUGUAGUUUACUUCGCGGAGGAAUUGCCGAACGAGGGGGUGUUCGGGUUGGACACAGGAUCAUAGAAAUCAACAACCAAAGCGUGGUGGCUGUUCCACAUGAGAAAAUUGUGAACUUGCUCGCAACGUCGGUUGGUGAGAUUCUGAUGAAAACAAUGCCGACGUCAAUGUUCCGUUUGUUAACAGGCCAAGAGAAUCCAGUAUACAUCUAAAGGAAACAGUCUUCGGAAAGUAUUGCAUUUACCAAUAUUGGCUUAUAUUUUCUGUCAAAGCAGCACAUUUAAAAAAUUCCUUUCAUUGAUAGCUUUCUACGCAGAGACACAAUAAACUGCUCUAAUUACUGAACUACUGACAGAAGAUCGCAUUACCAAAUCUGUGAAACGCUAUACUAAAUGAAACUAAUAAAAAAAUAUUUGUGUAUUCAGACUAUAGACAGCAGGUGACAAGUGGUGAACGGAAUAAAUAAACAUUGGAAUUAAAUCACGCCUUAGCCUUGCAGUGGUAAACGAUAACAGAAGAAAAAAAUCGCAAUAAGAACAAAAAAUGACUAGCUGUCUGAACAAUUGAUUCUUCAAUAUAGCUUUUUGUAUUGAGACAAAAGAAAACAAAUAUCAACAUAAAAUCAUAAGCAGUGCUGAAACCAAAGAAACAAAACGUACAGACAGUGAAGAGCGAGCAAAGCUAGCGAUUUGUGAAAUUAAGAAAAACACGGAAAAUAAUCCAGAACACAAAAUACAUAUAUUUUUGGACAUUAUUUAACGAUAAGCUAAUGCCGCACUGGGUAGCGCCUACCGACAUUCAAUGGCCAGGUUGAAAUGUCUAACUGAAGCCUGCACGAAACGACCUACACACACUGAACCUAACAUCUUUUCGUCAAAGAUAUAUAAAGUACACCCAUAUAUUAACUCGAUCUUGAACAAACAAAACACAUACACACACAUACGUACUGUACUUUGGUAUGCAGACAAGGACGAUUGUAUUAACUGUGUAGCUGAAAGGACCCGAAUUUUCAUAUUGCACUAAACCGGCUUCUUUACCCAUUUAGUAGUGGCUUUGCGCAAAAUAGCUGAGAGAAUCUGAUUAUAUUUUUCUACAUGACUUGAACCGCUCCAUCCAUCCAUUCUUGCUCGAGCAAAAACAGCAUAAUAGCCGUCAUGGCUGUAAAACCCAAUAUGGUCCUGUCCGAAAACAGGCAGGAAUCCCUGAUGCAUAUUGAACACACUUUACACUGUUGUGGAGUACAGUAGGCUAAGAAAUUUGAUGCUUUUUGAUAUAUUAUAGGUUAUGUAUUGUAGAUAGGUUUUGCUGAAUCCGGAUACUAUAAUAAGUAAAACAAAACUGAUUGGACCGUCCCUAAGAAAUAGUCAGAGCUACAAAAAUAUGAAAGAAUAUAUUUUCGUGUGCUACGGGAAUCGAGCUAGAAUCAAAAUGGCCAGUAAGUUUGUUCAGUUUCCUGUUUACUUUUCCUAACCUCCAAUACCACGUCGACAAUAGGUUUGUUUGUGUAGACAUAUCAAAUUGUUACUUGACUCAUUACACGACUGCACUUUGAUCAUUGCAUAAACUGUCUUCUAAUAUUUAAGUUGAUGUUCAGUUGGGAAGCUCAAAACUUCAUAUAUAAAAACAAAAACAUUGAAAGUACAUAACUCACUAUCAACCAAAGAUAAACAAGCUUUACCUGAUAAUCAACUAUAACCAACAUCUAGCUGUCAUACGUCCUUGCACCUGCGCAAACACAAAUAUAUACCGCUUAUAUUUUCUUUUCUAGCAUGAAUGUCAAUGUGGAUGUGUGUUUUUGUUAACCAUUGAAUGUCUAAAUGUUCCUUCUUGUAUUGAAAAUAAAAUAAAAAUUAUUUCCAAUCUCUGCGAAAUUCUAAUCCAAACUUUUUGUGUUGCAAACAAAAGUAUUAACUUAUCAACUAACGGAAAGAAAGCAAAGAGUCGUCCCCCAAAUAGUAAUAUAUAUAGUAAAAGAAAGGAAAACAAAAAAAUCCCUAACAAAAAUGCACUUUUUAUGCGCCACUCACCCGCCCGCCAUAGUAUCAGUAAAAACCAACACUCUCAAAAAAAUGCUAGUCGAUAGAAGAAAAACAAAUGCAUAGUUUAUCAUGUAUUUAAUCCAGAAAAGACACUAGAAACAAGCUGAAACUGAUGAGCAAACUAGACGUCUGCUUAUACAAAAUACAAUAUUUACAAGAUUUUGGACAACAGUGCAACCACUAAAAACACACACUUUGAGUGAAUGAAAUUAAUGAAACCAAGCUAGGAACAACACAAAAACUGGUCGACAUGACGGCUUCGACUCCAAGAAAUAGCGAAAAGAAGGACAGAACAAAACCAGAAAAAAAAACAGGACAGAACAAACGUUAGACAAUGCUUGAUUGAUAUAAAGUUUAAAGAUGCAGCAAAAACAGGCUUAGAGUGCUAUCAAUACGCAUGGAACAUUGAUUAACAAACUUACAAAAACAAGGCGAUAUAAUGAUAAAAUAAUGCUGCAAAUUUAAUGUAAUAAUUAUGCUAAUUGAAUUAUGAUAUCUAACUACGGGAAAUGUAUAUUUAUUCCAUAACAAGACAAACAAAACCAAACAAGUAAAUAAAAUUUUGUGAUGUAAAAUUCUCAAC